UGAGCGGACACAGAGGGAGGAACGAGCACAGAGCGGGGGCCAGUUUUAAAAAAAAUAAAAAUAUUCAUUAUUUCAUGAAAUUCAGCGGACACGCUUUUGGGAUUAUUGAAACUUUCCACAUCGAUUGAAGGAAAAUAAGGAUGCCAGCUGCAAGGUUUCAGAGUGGAGAUUCUGUAAUGGGUCGUUGGCCUGGCAGUAACCUCUACUAUGAGGUCAAGGUGCGAAAUUACGAUGCCAAGACCCGGCUCUACACCGUCAUCUACAAAGAUGGUACUGAGCUGGAGCUGAAGGAAUCUGACAUUACGAGUCAGACAGUGUUCAAGCAAGGUGUUACACGUUCUCGGUCGAGAUCCCGUUCUCGUUCCCGCUCACCGGCACGUACCCGUCGCAGUCGCUCCCGUUCUCCAGCCAGGACGUCCCGGCGCUCUUCCUCUCGUACCACAGAGGCGCACAGGGAAAAUAUCAAAGAAGUACUGGAGGUCCGACUCACCCCAGUGGCAGUGCAACAUGAGAACAAUAGCAACAGCAAACCUGAGAAGAAAGAGGAAAAAAAUACAGCUACCAAAGUCAUUGAGAAGUUAGAAACUGAAUCUGAGAACCAGGCAAGUGGGCGCUACAACCUACGGCGCAGGAAGGAUCUAUGUGAUGGCAAACCUGCAGAGCUGGAGAAAAAGGAGGAGGAGCUGGUGUUAUCACAGUCUAAACUACCAGCUGCCAUCAAGACAACUGAUCUGGAGUUCGGAGGAAGAGUUGGUGUGUUCCUCUUGAUUGUGCUGUUGCCACUAGCUGUGUUGGCCCUGCUCAUUCUCUGCGGGCAAAAGGAUGCCAGUCUCAAGAGCUUCCCUCUUGAACUCCCUCCGCUUCAGUCUCUCUGGGAUUGCCAGGUCUUUGGAAUCGUCCUUCUCUGGCUUCUCUUCCAGGUUGUCCUCUCCCUGCUCCCUUUCGGAAAGCUCGUUGAAGGAAUGCCUCUCAAGAAUGGGAAAACUUUAAAAUACAGGAUUAAUGGUUUUGGUGGACUGGUCCUCACAGCUGUGGCAGUGGGUGUUGCUGUGUACCAGGAGAUGGAUCUCAGUUACAUCCACACUCACUUCCUGCAAUUCUACACUUCUGCACUGCUUAUUGCCACUCUUCUCAGCAUCUACCUGUUUGUUUGCUCACGCUGGGCAUCUUAUGAUGAGCUCGCUCCUGGAGGGAACUCCGGUUAUAGAGUCUACGACUUUUUCAUGGGCAGAGAGCUGAAUCCCCGCAUCAAAAACUUUGAUAUCAAGUUCUUCUGUGAAAUGCGCCCAGGCUUGAUGGGCUGGGUAUUGAUUAACUUUGCAAUGUUGCUUGCUGAGAUGAAGCACCAGAAUCUAGAAAACCCCUCUACAGCGAUGCUCCUGGUCAACGGCUUUCAACUCCUUUGGGUUGUUGAUUGCUUUUGGCAUGAGGAGAAACUUCUGACUAUGAUGGAUAUAGUGUAUGAUGGCUUUGGAUUUAUGUUGGCAUUUGAAGAUCUGGUAUUUGUGCCAUUUACAUUCACCUGUCAGGCAUACUAUCUUGUCAAUCAUCCCAAUGAUCUCUCUGUCUUCUGGAUCGCUACGGUCAUCACUAUGAAUGGAAUUGGAUACUACAUUUUCCGGAAAGCCAAUUCUCAGAAAUUUGCCUUCAGAAAAAAUCCCUCUGACCCAGCAGUGUCUCACCUGAAAACUAUUCCUACUGCAACUGGAAAAAGUCUUAUAGUGUCUGGUCUCUGGGGGUUUGUCAGUCAUCCUAAUUACCUUGGUGAUAUCCUCAUGUGUUUGGCCUGGUCCCUACCAUGUGGUUUCAAACAUUUGAUUCCCUACUUUUCCCUGAUCUACUUGAUCACUCUGCUGGUACAUCGCAAUGCACGAGACGAGCGCCAGUGUAGGAAAAAGUAUGGCUCUGCGUGGGAAGAGUACCGCAAAGCUGUCCCGUACUGCAUUUUUCCAGGAAUAUACUGAGAACUCAUGGACUCGAGCUGUAAUGGACACUCGGGGCAAAACCAAAUUGUCUCAGGAGGACACGUAACAUCAGACAUGGAGUCGUUCACUGUUAGCAGCUUGGCAACUUUUUUUAAUCAAUGACAUUUUUUACAAGUGAACAUUAAAUUUAAACCAAAUUCUCUGUCAGAAAAAGUUUACGGAUUGUGGGCACUGCCCCAGUUCCAGGGUUCGACCACUUUUAACAAUGUAAAUGUUGUACAGAUGUGUUUUUCUACUCAAAAGAUUGUUUUUUCACAAUUCAUUACUUCAUAGCAUAUUUUGCCAUCUCAUCUUUUGUACACAUAUACCCAUUUUAAGUAUCUGCUUGGCUAUUUGACCCUUUGACAUUUUGUAAUGGCUAUUUGGGUAAUGCUUUUGUAUAUUGUGUACGAUGUGAAUUAUUAUUAUUAUUAUUUUUUGUAUAGUAAGAAGAGAUGUAAUGUUUGUUCUCAGGACCAGAGAUUUGUGAAAAGACAGCUAUAUUUUCUUAAUUUCUGUACAUAUUUGCAUUUCGGGCAUGCACUAUGCUAAAUUGUUUCCUUUUAUCCAAAGUUCACGCAAUUUGGCUUUGCUACCUCAGAUUUUUCCAUUUGAAGUCAAUGUAAAAAUUUGUAUUUAGUUUUUUUUUUAAUCAGUUUUUAUGGAAACCAAACAGUUGUUUUUCCAGACACUUGAGGAAGAGUCUCAUGAUUUUUCAAAAGAUAUUAAGGGUGCUGUGAACGGAAAUUAUGAGCUGAGAACUUCAAUCUUUCUAUUCACAAGGUAGCGUAACUUGACAUUUUAAUUGAUGUAUUAAUUUAAAAAGACAAUGCACAACUGUGAAUGUUUAAUGUAUGGCUUUUCUUAACUAUUGUAUUACUUUUGCAUAUCUUUUAUGCACAAUUAUUGUCCUAAAGAGUAUGUUAUAAGCAUUUAUAGCUAAGAGGAGCUGUUACUUUAUCACAGUAAAAAGAGGCAUUAUUAAAUGUUAUUUAUCUGGUUAUAUUUAGAGUGUUUACUUUGUUACAAAUGUACUAGCUGACAAGCAAUUUCUGUAAAAAUACCAUUAUUCCAUCUAGACAAACAGCCUGUCACCUCUUACCAUCAAAUGAUAUAUACAGAUUCUAGGAUUUAGAUUCUUUUUUAUAUUUAAAAUUGCAUUUAAUUUUUACUAUCUUGAGCUUAAAUUUCUACAGUAGUUGUUAGUUUACUUUUCAUUCACUUUUUUUCCUCUUUUUGCCUUUUUUCUUUUUUUUUUUUUUUUUUGUCAAUAAUUCCACAAUCUAAUCAAAACAAGAAAUUAAAUGAGAACUUUGUCAGAAAAUAUAUUCAGUGUUCCAUUUCAUUUUCUAAGACUAUUUGUACACACGUAAAAUGUGCAUAUUUU